AUGGAUUCCAGCGCCCAUAAAUUCUAUCCUGUACAUGGCGUUGAUUCUAGAGAACAUCUGGAAACAUUUUUUUCUAACAAACCAGACAUGGCUUUUGGAGCCGAUUCAAUUAAAUUUCCAAUGGAAUGUUUACACCGUGCAUUCAGUGAGGGUCACAUUAACGGAGACCUUUUGAUUGACAUCAGUUUUGGAUCCUUCAUCCAUCAUCUAUAUACAGCCAGUGGAUAUUUCAAACAGAUCCUUGUGCUGAAAGUCUCUGAGCAAUGUAUUAUGGAGCUGAACAAAUGGAUUAACACACAUACCGGAGCGUUUGAUUGGUCUCACAUAAUGCCAUAUAUUACAUGCCUAGAAGGUAACAGUGACCAGUGUCAGGACAAAGACAUGACAUUGAAGACGGCAAUAACAAAGAUCAUGAAAUGUGACAUUGACAAUGAGAAUCUCACAGACCCGGAGGUGCUCCCACCAGCAGACUGUGUCAUUAGUGGAUGGAUGUUGGAUUUCAUCAGCAAAGACAAAGAGGAUUAUAUAAAUAAUUUCAGAAAAUUUGUGAAGCUACUAAAACCUGAAGGAUACCUGAUAUUGUUGGGAGCUUUAAAUACAACUUAUAUAAAGGUUGGGCAGGACAAGGUACAUAUGUUCAGAUAUGAUGAGAAAUUUGCAAGAAAAGUUCUCAAUGAUGAAGGGUUUGUUAUUGACCACUGUGCAGUCCAUAAAAAAACAGCAGAUAGUGACCUUUGUGACUAUGAGGCAGCAAUGUUUAUUACAGCUCAUAGAGAGUAAUAAGGGCCUGAUUCUGAGUCACAUGCUUUGACGGGUGCAGUUAACCAUUUUCUUUAUA